AAAAGCUUUGGCUUUUCCUGCCCCCUUGACCAGUCCCAGUAAAGAAUUAUUCUGAGUGGAGGCUGGUCCUUUAUAAACAAGCAGAGACUAGCUUCUCACGUGUGGAUCUCUACCUCUUGGUGUUUUUGUAGGGAGAAUUGGGAGUGAAGAGUCGAAUUUCCAGAAGGUGCACCAUCAGUGGCUGGGGAAGGCCCAAUCCACCAGUUCAGGGCUUCCUGUGAGCUGGAAGAGCAGCUAUGUGGAACGCUGACUUUGUAGAGAGCCUGAGCCCGCUUGGGGACGCCUUGCAUGAGAUGAGGUCUACAAUUCAUCUUGAGAAGGUGUCUUUGGUUUCGGACAAGGUCGUGGCAAUAGGCGUCCCCACAGGGAUCCACUUAGUGGGCCAUGUCCUAGACCUGUUGGAUGUCAUGGAAGACAACAACUUCUUUGUCUUCCUUGGCAUUAUGCCUGCCAUUGAAAGGAAGCUGAAGAUCGCCCAGUGUCAGACCUGGCCCUGGAAGGCCAAAGUUCUUGGUGGCACCAAGGAAAUCCUGGCCCAGAUCCUUGGUGCACUGGCUUGCCUGACUCCAUCCAAGGUGCAUAAUGUCCUUCUGCAGCUCCAGCAUUUUCUAAAGAAGGCUGAACGCAAUGGCCACUUUGAGCGUGUUGCUGUGCCACUUUUGAGCAGAGUCCAGCAGGACUUGGAGGAGGUGCAGCCGAUGCACGUUCUGAACUGCCUGACCCAGAUGCUGCACCUGCUCACCGGCCAGUGCGAGCAUUUGGCACAGCUGGCUUCCCAUCCAGUCAUGAGACAAGCGAGCCAGCGAUCCAGCAUCUUUGGGAUUCUGGAGUCUCUCAGAAGGGCUUUGGAGCGUGCGCUACCUUCUGCUGAUGAAUUCCUGAUGGAAAUGCAGGAUGUUCUCAUGGACCUGAAUGAGAUCGAAGCCAUUGAUCCUGAUGAAGUGUAGCUGGAGUGGGGGAAGCUGUGGGCCCCCAGAAGGCCAACAUGUGCCUCCCCAUGGAUCUCUGGCAUGUGGCUCUGCUGCUAUGAUUGGCCCCCCAGGGCAGAGUGAAUGAAAUUUUUUUAGAGGCUAGCUUGAAGGAUGAGGGUUUCAAGCGGCUUAGUAAUAAACUUUUGCUGUUUUAAUUGGUCUGCA